AUGUUGAGGUUCCAGAUAUCGCCAGUUCCAGGUUCUCGUAGAGUUCCGAUGACGGUCGAACUGGUGAGGCAGGCACCUUCACUACACUCUUUUCUCAACUCAUCACAUAUACUCAUGAAAGAUUUGGUUAGUUUCAACACCACUGGUAGCCACAAAUCUUUCAUUACUAUUCAUUUAGAUUCUUCAGAGAUACAACUAGACUCUAUGCAGAACUUUUACAUCAAAUUAUACCUGGGGAAUAUCACUCUAUCAAAGUCAUUUCAAUAUGGUUUGUUGACGCGCGUCUACAAGAAGCUAUGGUGUAUAAUAUUCAUUGAAGAAUUGGACCUUCAGCAUAAUGAUCAUCAGUUUUCCAAAAAUGACUGUACUAUUGAACCGACCUUAGAAGAUGAGUCUUCAUUGACUUUCGAUGUCGUUCCUGAAAAUGAAAGUCUCGUUGACCUUUUGCAUAUAGAGCCAGAGGCUUUACCAAGUUACGACGAGUUGCAAGUGUCUGAACUCUUAACUUCAAGAUAUUUCAAAAGUUUAUACCUUGAUACUUCAUCUUUGCAGAUUUUCAUCAAAAGUUCUCUUAUCAAAUAUCGCAACAUUUCUUCUGUCGACAAACUCGCAAAGUUGGCGCAAUUGUCUAGUUUGGUAAUUGACCCUUCCACUUUUGAUCAGCGGCAUCUAGAUGAAAAUAUUACAUCCCCUGAAAAGUUAAUCAUUCAUAGGGAUGAACCGUCCUAUAGAACGCACGCAUUCAAAGAGAAUUCUCAUUCCUUGGACGAUUUAACAGCACUAAAGCUAAGAGAGAUUCAACUCCAAGUACUCUUAUUGCUGGAAAUCCUAAAUCUACAAGAAUUCGAUCAUAUCCCUGCUCAGAAACCUGCUCAUAUCCCUUUCAAGAGCCGCAUACGGAGUAAACGUCAAUUAGUUCCAACGUUGAUAGGCACUGUUAUUGAAAAAGAGAACACUUCAGCUCCGCCCAGUAGCUUUGUCAACAUUUCGACCUCUUCAGCUUCGUCAAACGAAACGUUGAUCUCAAAGUACCUUGCAUAUAUUGACAAAUUGUUAGUUUACGACGCCAUAAAUUCACAGAAAGUAACAUACACGUUCUAUAAGUUGAUUUACCCUUACUACAUUAAGCAGUUACCUACUCUACUAAAGCAUUUAUACACCAAGAUAAAAGGUGUAUCUCCAGAAAAGAUAUCUCUGAAAAGAAAGAAACCACCUCGGCCGGCUCAAGUGCAAAGAUCUCAGUCACAGCCAAGCGGUGACCAACCCAUACCAGUAUCACUCAAGAGAACUGGAUCAGCAUUAUCUGACAUGCAGAGGAAAAUGUUCGACAUGUCAACCCAUCAUAAAGAAAAAGAAAAAUCCACUGCUCCUCCAGCUUUACCUCAGCAAGUUGACUCCUUUAUAUUUAGCAAAUCUAAGAAGUCAUUGUCACUUGCAUCUCAAAUUGAAAUACAAGAAACUCCAAAAAAAUCAAGAAUUCAAGUAAAGGAGACUCCCAUAAAACAACUUAAAACAUCACCGGAGGAGGAAUAUAUUACAUCAUUAUCACCCACAAAACCUUUCAGAAAGCUCCAAACAGUCACUCCAACGCCAUCGCCAAAAAAGACCAGACCAGGAGAACAGAUAGCCAUAGAAAGUUCACCCUUCUUCCAAACAACAGCCGGCGAAUACGAAGAAGACCGAUUAGUAAGUUCACCAGUAUUUUCAGAUGCAAACGAAUAA